AUGUCAGACCGAGCCAUCAUCCGCCUGCACAAGCGCAUCGUCUUCCGCGUCAACGCGUUCGCCAUCCUCGAGCAACAAUACCAAGAAGCGCAGAGCCGCGACGAGGCGCAGAUUUCCUUCACGGCGGAGUGCCCCUUGUAUGGUGGCUACAAGAAUUCUGAAGUGCUCGCGGUGGUGCGCGUGCUGCUUCAAGGAGAGUGGUGUAUGCAAUACACGCUCUCGUACGGCGUCGAGUACGCCGGCCGUAAGAUGUCGGUGUACUCCAACACGGGGUACCACUUCGGCGACGCGGCGGAGAUCACGUUCUGGAGCGACGUCACGCAGCAGACGCUGCGCUUCGAGUCCGAGAGCGCGCGCAUGGUCGAGCUCCUCGUCCGCGUCGGCCGCGACCUCAGCGCCACGGACGAGUUGCUCCGCGAGGCCUACAAGCGCCUCCCGGACACGGGCGUCAACGUCUACAAGCGGAGCAACGCGAACUUCGCGCACGCGAGCGUCGAGCCGUUCCUCGUGCAGUACCCGCUCAUCGAGCCGCCGUCGGCCGACGACUCCGAGGGCGCCUCCAUGCGCACGCUCUUCGGGGAGCCCGAGUCCGACUCGUCCGACGACGUCCCCAUCGCGCUCGCGCUGACGCUCCACCGCCAGCCGCGCCUCCCGCGCGGCGUCGCGCCGCGCGACGAGGAGCAGGAGGAGGACGACGAGGACGACGGCCACGUGGCCGCGCGCACGCGCUCCAAGACGCCCGAGAAGAAGCAGCUCGCGUCCAUGGCCGACAAGAAGCGCGCGGUCUCGACGAGCGACGACGCGGGCUCCGCCGCGGAGUGCCCGUUGACCAUCGGCAUGGACUGCGUGAACUGCGAGCAGUCGGGCACGUCGCUGCGCUGCAUCACGUGCCUCAUGGCGGUCUGCAGCCUCUGCUGCGCGGCGGGCGAGUGCAUCAACUGCCGCGACGGCGACAAGGCCGCGGCCUACCUGAGCUGGCCCUACAACAUCAACCUCCUCGUCGCCAAGGGCAUCAUCAUGAACCAGGUGCGCAUGGACGCCAACGUCGGCGCGGCGCUCCAGCACCUCUGCGAGACGGCGACGGGCUUCCGGCUCUGCGACCUCUCCGCGGACGCCUUGACGAUCGAGAUCGCGGCGGGCGCGAUCAUGGAUCUCGAGCGCUUCAUCCGCGGCGACGGCGUCCUCACGUCCUUCUGGAUCAGCAAGUUCCGCAACUACCGCCCGACCGUCGGCAGCAUCAACCUCGGCGCGACCAACGAGGCGAUCCUCAUCUUCUCGGACGAGAACUGCAUCGCCUUCUGCCUCGCGCUCUGCCGCCUCGUCCAGCGCGGCCAGCAGUUCAUCACGACGCAGAUCAACGAGUGCCUCGCCAAGGCCUGGCUCCUGAAGGACAACGCCGGCGCGGGCGACAGCUCCCGCGUCGAGGACCACCUCAAGUUCUGCCUCGCGCAGCAGCAGUCCAUGAUCGACGCGCUCAACGCCAAGGCCGCGACGGACGCCGCGGCCAAGGCCGCCGCCGGCGGCAGCGGCGUCGCCGGCCGCGGCGGCGACAGCCUCAGGCCCGGCGCCCUCGGCGCGGCCGCGCGCGCGCAGAGCGGCGCGCCCGGCGACCCCUUCGCCACGCUCUCGGCGGCGCCGCGCGCGCCCUACGUCGGGACGCACCCGCUGCGCAAGGCCACGCCGCGCAAGGCGGCCACCGGCGCGAAACCCGCGGACGGCGCGCCCAAGGCCAAGAACCGGCCGACGAUGGCCGAGGUGCCCAAGGCGACGCGGCCCGUCUCGCGCAGCACCUGGUCGUCCUCGAACCCGGCGAAGGCGACCGCCGCGAGCGCGAGCCGCUUCGUCACCAUGCCGCCGCGCAGCCAGAAGAAGGGCCCCGGCGGCGGCUCGGCGAAGCCGCGGUCCAAGAAGCCGCGCGUCGACUACGAGGCCAUCGCCAAGGCCGCGGCGGCGGCGGCCGUCCGCGAGGCGCGCCGCGCGCACCAGGCCACGGAGGAGGACGACGACGCGUCGUUCGAGUCCGAGGAGCUCUGCGAGUCGUCGUCGUCGUCGUCGUGGGACGGCGAGGACGAGUAA